AGACCAGACCAGACCGAAGUCUUCUUCUUGCGCGCGAAGUCUUUCUUCCAGCGAUUUUGAAGGGAAAGAGUGAUAUGAUAGUGACAACAAUCAAACGGAGAUUUGCUUGUGUUCUGUUGUUAAUCGAUUCUAAGAUGCUCUCUGUACAUUCCUCUAGGGCUUUAAGGAUCGACGAAAUUACUCCAACCUUCACCGUCGGCGCCAUAGAACAACAGGUCAGCGUUUAGACUUCCAUUUUCAGACUUGAAUACUUACUACUUGAAACUGAUUCUAGAGCACUGUUAUGCUUCGAUUUCUCAAACUUAUGAAUUCUACAUAAACAAAUAUUCUUCGUUGACUUCACUAGAUUAUGAAUUUCUUAGUCAAGGGUCUGCGAAAACAUUUCAAAACCGUGUAUUUCUGAAUUAAGGCAGUUUUAGCCUGCUCUUUAUCUGUCAGAUGUUGAUUUCAAAUAGGCACAUAUCCCUCUUCUCCUCCAGCUUCUUACUCCCAGCUCUUCAACCCAAAAGAAUGAAUCUUCUUCAACCCCCAAUAUUCUUCUUCUACAUCUCCUUGGUGGGUGCAUCACUUCUUCCGUUUCACCCGCCAGACAACAUUGCAAUCAACUGUGGUUUCUCUGGCAACAAAACGGCUCCUAAUGGGAGAAAGUGGAUUGGAGAUAGUGGCUCCAAGUACUUUGUUUCAGGAGAACCAAAUAGUAAAUCCAUAAGCUCAGCACCAGUUGAACAAUCAUCUCCUUCUCAUGCUACUAUCCCCUAUACCCAUGCCAGAAUUUCACAAACUCAGUUUACUUAUGUCUUCCCAAUCAGCCCAGGCCCAAAGUUUGUCCGCCUCCAUUUCAAUCCGUCUUCAUAUCGUGCUUUUCACAGGUCCAAUGCUUUCUUUACAGUAAAAGCAAAUCGUUAUACUCUACUCCACAACUUUAGCGUUUCACUAACUGCUGAUGAUUUGGGCCUGACAACUGUCUCUAAAGAGUUUUGUCUCAAUGUUGAAGCGAAUCAACCAUUGAGCAUAACAUUCUCUCCUUCAAGAACUACACCUUCUGAUAAAGUGUAUGCAUUUGUCAAUGGAAUUGAGGUAGUUUCUAUGUCGAAUGGACUAUACUAUUCCAUGAAGGAAAACAUUGAGUGGGACCAAAAAAUGGACUUCACUUCCCUUUCGGGGAGCACUGCAUUGGAGACAGUACAUCGGUUGAAUAUUGGUGGAAGUUUCAUUUCAUCUUCAGAGGAUACAGGUAUGUCCCGUGAGUGGUUUGAGGAUACUAGAUUCUUCCUUCAUUCAGGAGUUUUACCUCUUACAACAUCAAUGCAAAUAAAAUAUGGAAAGAUGCCCAACUUCGUGGCACCUCAAAAUGUUUAUCAAACAUCAUGGUUUGUGGAUCCAAACAAGAAUGCCGAAGAAGUCAUUAAUUUUACGUGGAAGAUACCAGUUGAUCAGGGAUUUCGAUACAUAAUUAGGUUCCAUUUCUGUGAGCUUGAUUACGAGAUAAAAGAGUGUGGACAGAGGGUGUUCCGCAUCUAUGUUGAUAACCAUAUGGUUGAACCUCAUGGAGACAUAAUCAAAUGGACUGGAGAAAUUGGGGUUGCAACUUACAAGGACUACAUUUAUGUGGUCGAAGGAGAUAGAAUGGAUGGUAAACGCAACAUCCUCAUAUCUCUAUGUCCUAUUGAUUCCAAUCACGAUGACGAGUCGAACCUUGAAGAAACAGAUGUUAUUUUGAAAGGUCUGGAGAUUUUCAAGCUAAGCAACCAUGAUAAUAACCUAGCAUCGACUAAUCCAUUGGUAUCUUCAUCCCUCGCUCCAACUGCUAAACCUUCAAAAGUACACAAGUCUUUGUACAUAUCAGCCGGUGGUAAUGUUAUUGCAACAUUUAUUGUCUUAGUAUUAACAACUUUGAGUGUAAUUUUUUACGUUUUGCGAACUCGGAGAGAAGACUUUCCAAAGCAAUAUGAGGGAUCAUGUCGAAUUUUUUCAUUAGCUGAAGUCAAGUUUGUUACAAAUAAUUUCCAUAGGGCGAUUGGACAAGGAGGGUUUGGAAAGGUUUAUAAAGGGUGUAUUGACAGUGGGACUAAAGUAGUUGCCAUGAAACGAUUGCAUUCCAAGUCUAAGCAAGGGGCUACAGAGUUUUGGACUGAGAUUAAGAUGCUAUCUGAGCUUAGAAACAACAAUCUUGUUACUCUGAUUGGAUAUUGCAAUGAAGGAUUAGAAAUGAUCCUAGUAUACGAGUAUAUGGAAUAUGGAACACUUGCCGAUCAUCUCUAUAAGAACAAUCAACAAGACAUUGCCAGUGCAUCCCCUUUGUUGUGGGAGCAGAGGCUCAAAAUAUGCAUUGAUGCUGCUCGAGGUCUAGAAUACCUUCAUAAUUGUAAUGAUCAUGAUUCAAAUGCUCUGAUUCAUUUCGAGCGGGGAAUUAUUCAUCGCGAUGUUAAGAGCACUAAUAUAUUAUUAAACCAGAAUUUGGAAGCAAAGAUUGCAGAUUUUGGUUUGUCCAAAAUAGUUCCGCCUAACCAUUCUCUCACACACAUUAGUACGUCUGUCAAAGGAACUUUUGGUUAUCUAGACCCCGAGUAUUCCUCAACACACCAGCUAACCAAGAAAUCUGAUGUGUAUGCAUUUGGUGUAGUCUUAUGGGAAGUCUUGUGUGGGAGACCCGCAAUAGACACAAAUGCUAAGGAGGGGUCAGAGCGCAGUUUGGCUAAAUGGUCUCAACACUGUUUCAAUGAAGGAAAGGUUGAUGAAAUUAUCGAACCCAUAUUGAAGGGACAAAUGCCAGCAACCUGCUUGAAGAUAUUUACACAAGUCGCAAACCUUUGCUUAAUGAAUGAUUCAACUGAACGUCCUUCAAUGGCAGGUGUGUUGCAAGAACUUGAACUUGCAUUGGUGUCAAUGAAUCAAAUGGUGAAUGAAGCUAGUAUGACAAAUGAUGAAAUCGAAUUAACUAGUACUCCCUCACAAUAUAUCUUCAGUUCCCCUUCAAAUACAUUGAAAUUACCAAAGAAAAAGUUCAAAAUUGGCAAAGUGUUCAAGACAUUUGCAUUUUGGGGUUCAAGUUUUCCGGCAAAGCCAGCAGGAGAAAAAACAAACUUUGAAUUUGACGAUCUGGUUGCUUCAGCUACCAGUGAUUCGAUGAGUAUGUACAACAAUCCUCCAUCUGCACAUUCUACCACGAGGAAUAGCUUGGUUUUUGUGAGGAUGCCAAACCCCAGAGAUAUUUUUGAUUUGGAGGAUUUGUUGAGGGCUUCUGUAGAGGUUUUGGGUAAAGGAACAUUUGGGACAACAUACAAGGCUAUUAUGGAGUUGGGGCUGGUGGUCACAGCGAAGCGAUUAAAGGAUGUGGUACUGUCAAAGGAAGAUUUUGGGCAGAAUUUGGAGGCAAUCGGUUUGAUGGAUCAUGAGAAUCUGGUGAACCUAAAGGCUUAUUACUACAGCAGGGAUGAGAAGCUUCUAGUCUAUGAUUACUUUUCAACUGGAAGCCUAUCCAGGCAUUUACACGGAAAGCAUGGUAGUAGUAAGACCGCGCUGGAUUGGAAAACAAGAAUAGGCAUAGCCCAAGGAGUGGCACAAGGAAUUGCAUACAUCCAUGAACAGGGCCCAACCACUUGCCAUGGUAAUAUAAAGUCGUUGAACAUUCUCCUAACAAAAUCAUUUGAGCCCCGUAUUUCAGAUGUCUGCACCUGGACUUUAGUUGUCGGGCUUAACACCAUCUAUGGCCGUGCUACUGGUUACACUGCCCCAGAGAACCUUAAAUACUCCCAGAUGGCAGAUGUGUAUAGUUAUGGCAUACUGCUGCUUGAGUUAUUGACUGGUAAGCCACCCUUCCAAAGCCUUGUGAAAGAUAAUGAGGGUGUGGACCUCCCUAGAUGGGUACAGGCCUCCGGUUUGAAGAUGGAGAAGGAGAGGAUAAUAGAUGUCAUUGACAUCGAGCUGCUUAACAGUAACAUUUACGACUACGGGUCACAGCUCAUUUUGCUUGCCUUGGACUGUGCAGACCCAAAUCCUGACAAUCGCCCUCUAAUGGCAACUGUUGCCAGCAAAAUUGCAAAGCUUUAUCUUCUUAGCCAGGAAUGAAAAUUCAAUAACUGUUGGCAAGUUUCCAUUUUGUUUGUUCAUUUGAAUCACUAUUUAAGCAACGGACAAACAUUAUUGA